AGGGAUUUUCGUGAGAGUUCGGUGACAGUUGACGGGUUGACGUUUCUCCUGUCAUCAAAAGGCGUGUAUGCGGAACAAUAAAUAAAUCAAAAAAAUGGAAACGUACGAUGUUAUCGUCAACCAGCCCGUGGUCAUAGACAAUGGCUCCGGGGUGAUCAAAGCGGGUUUCGCAGGUGACCAGAUCCCCAAAUGUAGAUUUCCAAAUUAUAUCGGCCGGCCAAAGCACGUACGAGUGAUGGCAGGCGCCUUGGAAGGCGACGUGUUCAUAGGCCCCAAAGCGGAGGAGCAUCGCGGUUUAUUGGCGAUUAAGUAUCCAAUGGAGCACGGCAUUGUGACGGAUUGGAACGACAUGGAGAAAAUCUGGACGUAUAUUUACAGCAAAGACCAGUUAUCAAUUUUUUCCGAGGAACAUCCGGUACUUUUAACGGAAGCGCCUUUAAAUCCGCGACCGAAUCGCGAAAAGGCCGCCGAGAUUCUCUUCGAGUCGUUUAACGUGCCGGCGUUGUUCAUCUCCAUGCAGGCUGUGCUUAGUUUAUAUUCGACUGGCCGGACUACGGGCGUAGUCCUGGACGCAGGCGACGGCGUGACGCACGCAGUGCCCAUCUAUGAAGGCUUCGCCAUGCCUCACAGUAUAAUGCGCGUGGACAUCGCCGGGCGCGACGUCUCGCGCUACUUGCGCCUCCUCCUCCGCAAAGAAGGCAUCAAUUUCCGAACGACGGCCGAAUUCGAAACCGUUCGAACGAUCAAAGAAAAGGCCUGCUACCUGGCCAACAACCCCCUCAAAGAGGAGACCGUCGACACCGAACACAUCAACUACACGCUGCCCGACGGCAACGUCAUCCAAAUCGGGCCGGCGCGCUUCCGCGCCCCCGAAGUCCUCUUCAGGCCGGACCUCAUCGGCGAGGAGUGCGAAGGCCUGCACGAGGUGCUGGUGUACGCCAUUCAGAAGUCGGACCUGGACUUGCGCAAGGUCCUCUUCAAGAAUAUUGUGCUGUCAGGCGGUUCCACGUUGUUUAAAGGGUUUGGUGAUCGGUUGUUGUCCGAAAUAAAGAAAUUGUCGCCGAAAGACGUGCAGAUUAAAAUUUCCGCACCGCAGGAACGGCUGUAUUCGACGUGGAUCGGGGGGUCCAUUCUGGCGUCGUUAGAUACGUUCAAGAAGAUGGUUGUGUCGAAAAGAGAGUUCGAUGAGGAGGGGCAGAGGGCGGUACAUAGGAAAACGUUUUAGGGGAUUUUUCAGUUAAAGCUUAAGUGGCAACAAACGAUUCGUUAAUUUAUAAUUAUAUUUAAUAUGAAAUAUAAAUAUUUAAGCUUUA